AUGGGAUCCCAGCCCUUAAAUGGGAUCCCAGCCCUUAAAUGGGAUCCCGGGGGUAAGGUGGAUUUUGAUGAUUUUGUGGAUCUGAUGGGUCCCAAGAUGCUGGCGGAGACGGCGGACAUGAUCGGGAUCAAGGAGUUGCGUGACGCUUUCCGUGAGUUUGACACCAACGGGGACGGGCAGAUCAGCAUGGCAGAGCUGCGGGAGGCCAUGAGGAAGCUGCUGGGGCAGCAGCUCAACCACCGGGAGGUGGACGAGAUCCUCAAGGACGUGGACAUCAACGGGGACGGGCUGGUGGACUUUGAAGAGUUUGUGCGGAUGAUGUCGCGCUGAGCGAGGGCGAGUGCCAGGACAGGACCCCAGAGCCCUCCGUGCCUUACCCCAGAGGAGGGGGCUGCAGAGGAGACCCCCGGCUCCAGCUGGGGCCACGCUGGGGUGA